AAGCGAGCGUCGUCGGUGGUUCGAGACGAGUGGGAGACUCGAAAUGGUCAUUGGUUUCCGGGAAUUGCGACUCGACGCGUCGUUCGUGUGAAUUUGUGAACUAACGAAACUGUGAUUCGUCGUGCAAGUGGAACUGGAACUUGGAUCAGACGACUUGAAACAAGUUGCAAUCGUGAUCCGAUGGACAGUGAUGUGAUAAAUGUGGAUCCAAGGAACACCGGCACCAAGAUGUUGUAAAUGGACUUCAAGGACAUACAUGAGCUUUGUCGUCCCCUGGGUAUGGUUCAAAACUGUUUUCCUCUAAACGCUGCUUCGAGGGGACUCGCGUAAUGAGUUGACGUCGACAAAUGGGGGCUGAACGGCGAUUCAGCGGCAACAUCUUGGUGAAACGCGAGGAUCAGGACGACAAGCUUGCGGGAUAAAGGUUGAGGAGGAAAGGACUAGACUCGGGUUCCAAUUAAACCUGAAUGGGAUGUGAUAUGGGAAACACAGAAAAGAGACGGACUCCGUCUCUCGACGCACGCGACGUACUUGAGGAUUAUUGGUAGAACGAUCGCGGAAUGAAGACUACCUAACUCGCGCGACCAUGAGGGCGUUUGUAUUGAUCCUCCUCUCCUUGCAACUCCUGGUUUACACGGCAGAUGCUGUGGUCCAUCGGCGACACGUCGGGACACAAGAGGGUGAGACUAACGCACUGGAUGUCUCGGGUCCGAUUAAAGAAGUCCUGGCACAAACAGGAGGAACGGCUGCCUUACCUUGUAAGCUGUCCGAGCCCGGAGCUGGAAUCGUUACGUGGCUGCGACGCAGAGACAGACAGCUACUGACGGUGGGAACGGCGACGCAUUCGGUGGACAGUCGGUUCAUGGUGAGACCGUCGACGUCGGAUUGGGCCCUGAUGAUCCGCGGAGUAACUCUGCAGGACGCGGGUCUCUACGAGUGCCAGGUGCCCACUGUACCCGUUCAGCACCAGUUUGCCCGUCUCAAGAUCACCGAGGCAUACUCCGUCAUCCCCGGGGCGCCGGACCUCCACGUCAAGCAGGGAUCCAGCCUCCGGCUUGAGUGCCAACUCAUCUCAGCCACCGAACCCCCCCUUUAUGUCUUCUGGUACCGCCAGGGCAGGAUGAUAAACUACGACGCUGAGCCUGGUGUCAGGGUGGAACUAACCAAGACGGGCUCCAUACUCAUCGUCGAUAAGACGAAACCGGCCCAUGGUGGAAAUUACACUUGCACACCCAGCAACGCCAGGUCUGCAUAUGUCGUCGUUCACGUCAUUGAGGAGGAAGAGAAACCCGCCGCAAUGCACGGCGGCGAUCGUAGAAGCUCUUCGGGCUCUGGACCAUCCCCAAACAUUCUACUGACGCUGAUUUUCACCCUCAGUUCGAGCUGGUUCCAUCGAACGAUCUCGAGGCACGUUGGACAGUACCGAUCUACCACGUGAUGAAGUUGACAAAUUCCCGAGUCGUCUAUCGAGUGAAAUUUAGCCAGCAUUUAUAAAACGUACAUUAUACUAUACUUGUGUAAAGAACUUAUCUUCCUCCAUCCGAGUGUGUUUUCGCAUGUCCAUCACAAUUGUACAACAAACCUUACGAACAAUUUAAGGUCAGGUCAAGUGUAUAAUUUUUAACCCCUUCCUCCCUCGGAAGACAGAAUCCUUCUUACUACUUUCAUCUUACACCUUGCUUCGUGCACGCUGUGUAAAUCUGAAU